AUGGUCGACGUCUUCGACGAUGCUAGGUCCCGCAAGACUGUGCCGCACAUUUGGAUGUACUAUAUGUACUCCCAAUUUGUUGGUUAUACUUGGUUGACCAGGUUUGGGCAUGGGACAACUGUUCGCUCUGUCCAAACUCUAUUUACCAGGAGGACUGCUGCAGAUAGACAUACUAGAAUUACGUGCUCGCAAGACAGCAAUUGCGAUACAAAGUUUUUUGAUUUUAUAGUUGUUGGCAGUGGUGUUGCUGGACUACGGUAUGCCUUAGAAGUUUCAAAGUAUGGAUCUGUUGCUAUAAUUACUAAAGCUGAACCUCAGGAGAGCAACACAAAUUAUGCUCAAGGUGGAGUUAGUGCUGUUUUGUGCCCUUCAGAUUCCGUAGAGAGCCACAUGCAAGACACAAUCAUUGCUGGGGCUUAUCUUUGCGAUGAAGAGACUGUUAGAGUUGUAUGCACAGAGGGCCCAGAUCGGGUAAAGGAAUUAAUUGCCAUUGGUGCUUCAUUUGAUCACGGCGACGAUGGGAAGUUACAUCUAGCUAGGGAAGGGGGCAUUCUCAUUGGUGCUUCACCUUAUGGCGGUCUUCUUCACUUCUUCCUAUUGGGGUUCAGGCGGUAG